GUUGGUUAGAGUUGGAAGGACCAGGAGGGCAGGGAACACAGAUCUGUUUGAGAUGAUUGAGAAGAUGCAGGGAAGCAGGAUGGAUGAACAGCGAUGCUCUUUCCCACCACCCCUCAAAACGGAGGAGGACUACAUUCCCUACCCAAGCGUCCACGAGGUCCUAGGGCGAGAAGGACCUUUCCCCCUCAUCCUGCUGCCCCAGUUUGGGGGCUACUGGAUCGAGGGCACCAACCACGAAAUCACCAGCAUCCCAGAGACAGAGCCGCUGCAAUCACCCACGGCCAAGGUGAAGCUCGAGUGUAACCCCACAGCCCGCAUCUACCGGAAGCACUUUCUUGGCAAGGAGCAUUUCAAUUACUACUCACUGGACACUGCCCUGGGCCACCUUGUCUUCUCACUCAAGUAUGAUGUCAUCGGGGACCAGGAGCACCUACGGCUGCUGCUCAGGACCAAGUGCCGGACACACCAUGAUGUCAUCCCCAUCUCCUGCCUCACUGAGUUCCCCAAUGUGGUCCAGAUGGCAAAGCUGGUGUGCGAAGAUGUGAACGUGGAUCGAUUUUACCCUGUGCUCUACCCCAAGGCUUCCCGCCUCAUCGUCACCUUUGACGAGCACGUUAUCAGCAAUAACUUCAAGUUUGGAGUCAUUUAUCAGAAGCUCGGGCAGACCUCCGAGGAAGAGCUCUUCAGCACCAAUGAGGAAAGCCCCGCCUUCGUGGAGUUUCUCGAAUUUCUGGGUCAGAAGGUCAAACUGCAGGACUUUAAAGGGUUCCGAGGAGGCCUGGACGUGAGCCACGGGCAGACGGGGACCGAGUCUGUGUACUGUAACUUCCGCAACAAGGAGAUCAUGUUCCACGUGUCCACCAAGCUGCCCUACACAGAAGGGGACGCCCAGCAGUUGCAGCGAAAGCGGCACAUCGGGAACGACAUUGUCGCUGUAGUCUUCCAGGACGAGAACACACCCUUUGUGCCUGACAUGAUUGCAUCCAACUUCCUGCAUGCCUAUGUGGUGGUACAGGCCGAGGGCGGGGGGCCUGACGGCCCACUCUACAAGGUCUCUGUCACUGCAAGAGAUGACGUGCCCUUCUUUGGGCCGCCCCUCCCGGACCCCGCUGUGUUCAGGAAGGGGCCUGAGUUCCAGGAAUUUUUGCUGACAAAGCUGAUCAAUGCUGAAUAUGCCUGCUACAAGGCAGAGAAGUUUGCCAAACUGGAGGAGCGGACACGGGCGGCCCUCCUGGAGACGCUCUAUGAGGAACUGCACAUCCACAGCCAGUCCAUGAUGGGCCUGGGCAGCGACGAGGACAAGAUGGAGAACGGCGGUGGUGGCGGCGGCUUCUUCGAGUCUUUUAAGCGGGUCAUCCGGAGCCGCAGCCAGUCCAUGGACGCCAUGGGACUAAGCAACAAGAAGCCCAACACCGUGUCCACCAGCCACAGCGGGAGCUUCGCCCCCAACAACCCCGACCUGGCCAAGGCAGCUGGAAUAUCAUUGCUUAUUCCUGGGAAAAGCGCGAGUAGAUUCGGACGCCGGGGCAGUGCCAUAGGCAUAGGAACGGUGGAAGAGUCACUGAUCGUCCCUGGAAAGAGCCCCACGAGGAAGAAGUCGGGCCCGUUUGGCUCACGCCGCAGCAGUGCCAUCGGUAUCGAGAAUAUCCAGGAAGUGCAAGAGAAAAGGGAGAGUCCCCCCGCCGGCCAGAAGACCCCAGACAGCGGGCACGCCUCACAGGAGCCCAAGUCGGAGAACUCAUCCACUCAGAGCUCCCCAGAGAUGCCCACGACCAAGAACAGAGCGGAGACGGCGGCCCAGAGAGCAGAAGUGCUGAAGGACUUCUCCCGCUCCUCGUCCAGUGCCAGCAGUUUCGCCAGCGUGGUGGAGGAGACUGAGGGUGUGGACGCGGAUGACACAGGCCUGGAGAGCGUCUCAUCCUCAGGGACGCCCCACAAACGGGACUCCUUCAUCUACAGCACAUGGUUGGAGGAUAGUGUCAGCACCACGAGCGGGGGCAGCUCCCCAGGCCCCUCACGGUCACCCCAUCCCGAUGCCGGCAAGCCGGGGGACCCUGCGUGUCCCGAGAUCAAGAUCCAGCUGGAAGCGUCUGAGCAGCACAGCCCACAGCUGGGCUGUUAGCCAGGCUCCCGCUCUGAAGGUGAAACUGAGCAGUGGGGCCAAUCCGUGCUGCCUCACCUCGGCCCACGAACUGCGGGCAGGAGUUGUUGGGAGCCUGCAAGGCGCUUGGGAAUUGCGUGGAGGGAGGGGCCUGCUGGGAGAAGAUUCCCAGUGGGACCAAAAGACCCAGAGAGAGCCCGGGCCUGCAGGGGCGGCCCCUCCCCCUCCCACUUCCGUCUCCCUGCUUCGUGGUGUGUUCAUCUCCCUUUCCCCUGCAGACGAGGCCGCAGAAGCACCAGGUGAAGAUGCUGUGGCAAGUCCAGGUGGAUAGGACCUCUGCCCCCAAGGCCAGCACCAGCCUGUGGGCUGCCCCCUGCCCCCACCUUGGCCACCCUGCUGGGCUGUCUCUGCGGGGCGGAGCCAUCCAGACCUGGGAGGGGGAAGCUGCUGGCAUCAUCCCCACUCCUGAGGCUGGGGCAGGCCGUGGUCAGUUGAAGCAGAAUGCCAGGCCUGGCUUGCCCCCACUCCGGGCCCUUCAUCACACCGGGGUGCCCUUCUGGACUCAUGGGGAUCAAGACGGGAGGGGAGGAUCGAGAUAUCUCAGUGCGCACAGAGCCUACCAUGGAGGCAGUGGGAUGUGAAAUGAGCACAUAGGCUGGGAGUCCUGAGUCCUGGCUUCCAAUUUGGGUUCUGCUUUGUGACUUUGGGCAAGUUGCUGUCCCUCUCUGGGCACCUCUGCUGCAAAUGGACAAGAUUAUUUCAGAGGUCAUUGAAGACUGUGAUUCCAUGCACCUGCCCCAGAAUGGGGGGUUAUCCUCCUAGGGCCCCCCAUCGCCCUACCUUGCUUCUUGGGUUCCCUGGGACCCCAGGUGGGCUGAGGUGCUGGGAGCUGGCUAUGCCUGUUGCCCCUCCUGGACCCUCAAGCUCUACCACAGAUCUGCCGAUCCCCUGUCCACUGCCUCCACCUGACAGACAAGUGACUCCCCUUAGGGGAAGGGGGACCUCCCUGGCUUCUCAGCCAGCACCCAGCUUAACCCCUGCCAUCCCAUGCUCUGGGCACUCUAGGUCGAGGGGUCUCAGCUGGCCUAGAGUUAUGGGCUUCGCCUUUGCGCCCCCCGCCCAGCUCCCACGGAGAGGGCAGCCAGGCACAGCUGCUGUGAGCCCACAUCCUUGUGUGUGUCUGUCCACACUUUUUAGGCACCACGCCAAAGGCCAGCCUUCCGGCCCCAACACCCAUUUUGGAAGCCCCCGUGGUUGUGUGUAUGUCAGUAACAUUGUACAAAAUAAAUUCUAUUUAUCGCUAUUGUA